AUGUUUGCGCCGCUCGCCGACUUUCUCAUGGGCACACCGGCCGACCCGCCCGCCCGCCCUGCCGACGCGGAGGACGACGUCGAAGAGCCGCAGCUGCCGUCGUCGCUCUCGUACCUGCACGGCAAAGGCCUGCAGUCGACCAUCCGAUACCACGGGCGUAUCGUCAAGACGCGGCUCCAGAGCGGCCAGGUCGGCGAGGACGCCUAUUUUCUCAAGGAUGAUGCACUGGGCAUUGCCGACGGCGUCGGUGGAUGGGCGUCGAAUGCCCAUGCAGAUCCUGCGCUGUUUUCGCGGCUGCUCAUGCAUUUCUGCCAUGACGAGCUCAGCAAGCUCGACGAGCGGCAGCUCCACGCCUGGGCGGGAGACACAAGCGAGGCGCUCACCGCGUGGUUCAACUGCGACCCCGUCCAGAUCAUGCAGGUGGCGUGGGAGCGCUGUGUGCGUGCGUCAAAGCGCGAGGGCAUUCUGGGCAGCGCCACCGCGCUCCUCGCCGUGCUGCGCGGCGACGAGCUGCGCGUAGCGAAUAUGGGCGACUGCGUCCUUGUGCUGAUCCGCGACAAGGAGCUCAUCUUCCGCAGCGCCGAGCAGCAGCACAGCUUCAACUACCCGGUACAGCUCGGUAUGAUGGACGCGACGGUGGAAAGUGUCACGCUCGCGAGUGCGCUGUGCAUGCACCGCGACGGCACGAUCCCCGACGGCGCCGAGGACCUCGACCUGCCGGACGUGAACGAGAAGAUGAGCCGCUACAUCCACUCGUACGAUGCGAGCCCCGAGAACCCCGACUUCGACAGUCCCCGGCACGACGCGGGUAUCUGGGGCCUCAAGGUGCAGCCCGGCGACGUGGUCCUUAUGGCCAGCGAUGGCCUCUUUGACAACCUGUUUGACGACGACAUUCUCGAGACUGUGCUCGAGGUGCUGGACAGUCGCCCCGGCGCCGACCUCGAGCACGACCCUGACCUGCCGCAUGCCGUGGCCCGCGCGCUGUGCGAGCGGGCACGCGGCGUCAUGGAAGACCCGCGCGGAAUCUAUCAUGCUAAUGAGGAGGGUAUCUACUACGUCGGUGGCAAGAACGACGACGUCACCGUGCUCACCGGCGUCGUCACGGAGCACCUCGAGCCGCACCACGCCGGCCCGCCCGGGGUGGAGUGGUAG